AUGAAGGGUGAGACAGAUGCCACUGUUAUUAAAAAUUUUAACAACGAGGCGACUUCGAUAUCGACCAAACUCGGUCACAGUAUUUGUAAACUUUGUUUUGAUGUGAUAAAAAUGUCCGAAGUGUCUUUAAAUGAUGAUUAUUCCGAGGGAGGAGUGAAGAGUGGCUCAGUGAAGAGCGAAUCCGACAGUUUUCUUGAUGAUGACUCUGAGCCAGGGUCUGCACUGGCGCGACAGCUGCUGGACGCCCUGACGCCGGCCGCGCUGAGCAAACUGCGCCGAGCCUUCCGCAAGACCAAGGAACGCUCGCAAUCACAGGAUAUUGACAGACGCGUCGAAGAGGUGAUGCGGCUAGCAGCAGCUGAAGAAGGCAUCGAGUUCGCCCCAACAGCUCCUCACACCUCGCUGGCUCUCUCCCUUGACCGGGAGGGGUUCAUACUGGCUAUUAACAAUAUCUUCGGACGGCACAGGUAUGAGCCGCACGCCAACGCUCUGUUCAAUUCGCUGGACGCCUGGGGCGCUGGCCGCGUCUGGUGGCGCCAGCUUUUGGCGCAUCUGUUGGUCACGGCACCACCCAGAUGGACGCCGCUGAAGGACGUCACUGUGAAGAAGCUGCAACAUUGCAAGCGCGAAACGAUAGUGAAGUUUGUAACCAUCGAGACGAACGAGUCGUUCUGCUACGCUGCGGUAUCACGAGGUGGACGUGUCGGCCUCUACGACGGUCGGCUCAAGCUGUUGCAGUCCUACGAGGUAUUCUACGAUCGGACCGGAGUGCGCAAACGCGUCAAAAACUGCUGGAUAACUGACGCUAUCUACAUGAGCGACUCUCUAAGCUUCCUUCUUGCCGCCUCCGACCGCAGCCUCGCGGUCUACGACGCGUCCACUCUCGCGCAUGCUCUUCGAUACUGCAUUACAGGAUUACCGCAUAUCCCUACGUGCGUUGCGUACUUACGAUCUUCCUUGUGUUCCUACGCUGAGCUCGCUCUGGGCACGGCGCGCGGCGACAUCGUGCGCGUGCGAUUUCGACACGCACUGCCCGCCGCUGACACCGCCACCAUCUACUUUUGGAGGGAGCUGUCAUCCCCACCCUACACCAGCUAUAUCAGCAUUACAACAUGGCGACGGGUCCACGUACGCGCCGUGCGACGUCUCGGUUAUUCUGGGAACGUCGUGUGGUCCUGCUCACACGACAGUGAUGUGAGCGUGAGGGCACGCCAUAUGCCAGGGAAACUUGACGACUACGUGUUUAAAGUGCAGAGGGGCGUGAGCUGCUUCCAUGUGGUACCCGCCUUGCACAUGCUGGCAACAGGCAGUGCUGACGGAACAGUCCGUCUCUGGGAUAUGACGCAGUCCAGCCCUUUCGCAAAGCUGCCGGCGCCGGCGCGUGCAGCCGUGCUGGAUGUCAAAGUAAUCGCAGACAUGGAGGUGGUCAUCGCAUUCUGUAGCAACUGCUGGCUGCACAUCUGGGACCUGAACGAAGAGAGCCUACUGCAGACAAUAAAGAUCAAGUUCCCAUUCCUCGGGGUCCUAGGGAAGAAGGUUGAGUUCGGAGCCUACUGCAUCCACCCUGGUCCAGCACUUAAGAAGACGGUAGCAGCGGAGUCUCCAAGCACCUCAAGAGGGUCUAGCGUGGCGCGCGGCAGCUCCGGGGGCCUGCAACUGUUAGAGGAAGAGGACGAAGAAAUCAAGGAUAUGAGAGACGUAGAGUACUCCCUGUCCCACCGCGCCGCGAUACUUGUGACGUGCUGCGACUACGUCUGCACUGUCCCCCUGGCAGAAUCCACAGAGCCCCGCCCUGCUCCGGGGGACACUUUGCAAGCCCGCCGUCCGCACGCGUGGGAUGUCCCCUUGUCAUCUACAGCCACUUCUACACCUCGGCACCACUCUCUGGGACCUUCAAAAUCUCUUCAGUAUUCACACACGCCACGAUCACGGACCCCUACGCCCCUAGGGGCCCACACGCCGCGGUCUCGAACUCCCAGGCUUCUAGGGGCCCACACGCCGCGGUCUCGGACUCCAAGGCCUCUCGAGGCCCAAACCCCACGGUCGCCAUCGCGGACGCCAUUUGACAAGCUCCCUGAAUUGCCUGCGAAAUUGCCAAUCGAAGAUCUUGAUCUGGAGAAAUUGUUGGAAAAUGCGGGCUUACAGGGUAUCCUCGAGAAAGAUUUCGUGUUGAUGAAGGGACUGAAGCACGAUUUGAACAUGAAACUAGCUGAAAUGGAAGCCAACAGGGAAGCAAUGGCGUCGGCCGUGGCCGCCGGUGCGCCCUACCUUGCGCUUCGCACCUACGAGAUGGAGCCACUGGCACCUAUCGAUGAGAUGACAGACGCGUAUGCACGCGCGAUGAGGUUGUUUCCACCGUCGAGCACGAUGGGCACUCCAACGGGCAGCACAGGUUCGACUCCCCGUCGGGCCCGUAGCCGGACCAGCACCAAUGUAUGA